CUUGUCUUCAUGAGGACAGUGAGCAGUUGCCUGACAUAAUGCCCUGGCUACUUCAGCCUGGUACCACAGAUCUGCAGCCAUGCCAACCUUGCACGCUCCUGCUUGGGUAAUGUUCACCUUCAUUUUACUCCCUGGUUUCACAGGAGCUGCAAAUGAAUUUUCAGCCUACCUACAAAAGGUCCUGAAGACCCACACCAUUCAUGCAUGUGAUGGAGAUUCUGUCUCAGUUUCUUGUCCUCAUAGGACAACAGUCAGCAUCCUCUCUGCUUUUUAUGGACGGAGGAUUUCCAGCCAGAACCUUUGCCCUUCCAUAUUUGGAGGUUCGGAAGAAAACAUGUUCUGUAGCUCUCCCAACACGCUUCAGAAACUUCAUGAUGAAUGUCAGGACAGGCGGUCCUGUCAUUUCUCAGUCAACAGUCGAAUUUUUGGAUCAGAUCCAUGUCCUGGGACUCAUAAGUACUUGCUGGUGUCCUACAAGUGUAAGCCAGAUCAUUACAAAGUAAGAAGCAUUUGUGAGAAUGAACAACUUUAUCUUACCUGCAAGAACAAUUCUCUGUUGUCGAUAUACUCAGCUCACUAUGGAAGAACACAAAAAAAGAAAAUAGAAUGUGAGCUUGAAAACAGGACAAUCCCGGAUUAUGAGUGUUCUGCUCAGACAGCUUUAAGGAAAGUCUCCAGGAUAUGUCAUCGCAGACAUAACUGCACCAUCACAGCUGACACCAAAACAUUUGGAGACCCGUGUUUUCCAGGCGUGCCGAAAUACCUAACUGUCUCUUACACAUGUGUUCCUAGACGACUUCUGGAAGAGUUUGGUACAAUCUCCCAUGAUCCAUUUGCCCUGUCCGAUUAUACUCAUGGUGGUUGGUACACUGGCCCUAGACUGUCCAGGCUCACCGAGGAUGUGAUGAUACUUAAUGGUUGUCUGGAAAUCUUUGCCCUCAUUCAGGAUAUGCCAGAGAAGGUGGCUCUCUACUUCCUCUGUGGAGUAACUGCAGGUUUAGUGAUGCUCCUCUGUAUCAUUACACCAAAAAUGACAGUUUUUAAAGACAUGAGGAAAGCUUUCUGGGAACCACAAAAGACGGAGGAGCCGAUGUUGGGAGGAAUAAAGUUGGUGGUGCGGAGAAUUGACGAGAGCAGGGACAAUGAGGACAGCUCUUCUGAAUCUUCUUUUCGUCGACUCAGCCGAUCCUUUCUUUUCCCUAACAAUAUAUUCAGCCCGGAAGCCACAACUCCCCAGGAUGAAGCAAAUCACAUAAGGAGCCAGAAUGCUGACGAUAUGUGGAAACCUAAGGAAGCCAGUCCCUAUGCCAUCCAGAAGAUUGAAGAAUCGCCAAACUAAACUUUUCACCUUGUGUGUUUCUGAUCUACUUUCGAUGGAAUGGCUCAUGCCAUUUCUCUUGUUCCUAAUUCCGACUGGACAUUCUGGUUUCCACAACUGACAUUUACAUUAUUCCUGUAACCAUUAAUCUUAAGUCUUUUAACUAAAUCCUCCUCAUCAAGAAAGCAUUUUCUCAGUAAUAUAACAGAGUGCAACAAGACUGGAUUACAAGAUGGUUGACAAGACAAUAGAGAUAGCCACUAUCCAACAGUGUAAGAAACACUGUUCCUCACUACCAAGAUGGCUGAUCCCAUUUUUCAAAGUCCUUCUCCUUAAAGGCUUAAAGGCAAACCAAUAUAUCCACUUUGUGUAACCAUGCUUUACAAUACUUAUUUGAAGAAAUAUAAUAAAAUUGUCAUGCAUUCA